AUGGCGGCCUCUGGAUUAAAAGUAUUUAUAGACGAAAAAAAUCACAAGUCAAUGAUACAAGGAAAAAGGUCCUCUAGAAGAAAUCAUGAAUUUCUUGCGCAGGUUUUCAGCGCACAUAGCAAAACAUUCCCAUCCUUCCGGGUGGGUGCUAGAUACUUGGAAAACAGAAGGAGCGCACACAAGCAUAUUUCGUUCGAGGAAAGCAUAGAGACGGCUGUGGGUAGGAUAGUUAAAGCGAGUACUGACCACCCCCAAGUCCUUUUCUACUCCAUGGCUGUUCUGAUGUGCCAGAUCGCAGUGAACUUCUUUAUUCUUUCCAAUAGAGAAAAGCACGAUCUGUAUCAGGAUAUUUUGUUCACGUGGGACGUCAUAGAAAGAUACGCUAUUGACUCGUGCCCAGAAUUAAAUGGGGAUUUUUUCGAAAAUCUUAUGAAAGCAGUCUUUGGCAUAGGAAAGGACUCUAUUGAAGAAGAAGGCUCGCCUGGGAUGGUGUGGAAAAUGCACGAUGCAAUGAAGCACUGGGCCCCCCGCCUUUUAGGAGGCUCUGACCAGGAGGGAACUUCUGUUCACGGAAUGGAGUACUCUGAGCUGCUGGAAAAGUUUGAAGAGCUUGCAAAGCAGGACGGGCGCGUAAUUGCCAGCAUGCAGAACACAGGAGCGUGGACCAUGAUCCGGGAGCUGUACAUGCAGACCAUGAACAGAGUGGGGGCAGCGCCUUCGUCUGUGCAGGAGACAAUUCUUGUGCUGCAAAUAGACAAGGCGUGCCGAGACUACUCGCCGUCAUUGGUGAUUGGCGGAGGAGUGGUUGGCUCUCUUCGGAUAACCCGGUCGCAGUACCUGGAGAAUGUCCUGGGAGAAGCAAUCCGGCUGCCAGAAAAGUACCCGAUACAGGCUAUUUUGAGCGCUGCAAAGACGUAUGAGUAUGCGCCGCUUCUGUACGCUGCUCGGGCGCGCAUGCAGGAAAAAGGGGCAACAAAGGAGGAUGUCUCCCUGUUUAGCCAGCUUAUUUCUCUGGACUUGCACGAGCCUGCAAGCAUGAGCGAGGCCACCCGAGAAAAGGCGAAGAUUCUGAACGAGGAGUCCGAGAAAAUGAGCAACACAAUGCUUUUGGAGAUGUCUGCGUACCCGUGCAAGAAGAGGGAGAGUGACUUGGUCAAAAAGAAAAUGAUGUCUGCGUACAAGGCCAUGCUUGCCAGCAAGUGGACUCUUUUGCAGACGGAGUCGGCCGAGCAGGUGGAAAAGGCGCAUGCUCUAGUGGAGAAGUGCAGCGAGGCGUGGAGAAAAGUGAUGGGGGCGAUGGCAGAGGAAGAGAAGAGUGCUUCGAGCGAAGAGCCGCAGCAUCUUCCGAUUGAGUGCAGUGAGGGCACAGACUCUGCCUGCAAAGAGCCUUCUGAAGAAAUAAAGCCGUCUGCAUUUGUCCCUGAAAAUAUGCAGGAAAUCAAAACAAAAGCAGAGGUGGAGGAGAAGUCUGGCAGUAAAGAGUCUCCGCACUUUAUAAACACGAAUGUGCAGGGCGCGGUGCAGGCCCCAGCAAGCACGCAGAGCCAGAAGAGUCUGGGGGUCGGGCAGUCGCCAAAAGAGCAGAUGUGCUCGGACGCGAGAUGCAGGGUGUUCAGAACCCGAGUGGACGACAGCCACUUGCUUGAGGUGAGCGACGCAUUCAGCCCGGAGGAGGAAGCGAAGAAAAACUGCAACAGAGUGGAGGAGCUGAAGAGCUACUUUGGGGGACUGAAGUACGCUUGCUUCUACACGAAGAGCAUGCACGAUGGGAUGAAGAACCUGUUCAAAACAAACCCGCAGGUGUACAAGAGCCUGAAGCCGCUGUACAGCGAAGAGUUCAACAAGGCCAUCUCGCGGGACUACAUUCGGGUGGCGCGAAAGAGCCUCUUCAGGGACGCGUACAUCGAGCUCAUUGGAGCACGGAAAAACAGCGAAAUCAUCAACCAGAUGCGAGACGAAGUCAUUUUUCUGAAGUACAUGGAUACCCUGCAGAACCAGGUUUUGGAGCUUGUGAUAGCCCAGGAAAAACCCAAGCACCUGGAGCAGCAGGUCAAGGCCCGGGUGAAGCCAAAGCCGACCUUUUUCCAGCGAAUUAUGAAGAAGGUGCGGAGCUUCAUGGGCUCGUGCAUUGAGAAGCCACAGCCUCUUCCAAGCAUAGAGGAGGAGAUGGAAAGAUGGGAGACUGCCAGAAGAAAGAGCCUGAAGGAGGAAAUUGUUCUCACCAAGAACACGUCGGAACGAGUUUCCCAGGGCUUCCUUAACGUGUCAAAGGCGCUGGUCGAUCUGAUCAAGUACACAAAUGGGUAUGUAUACAGAAAAAACCCAGACACCAUCGACGUAAAGGAAAGAUACGCGCGGUGGAUAGUGGAAGAGCAGCCCGUGGACUACGAGGCUGUGAAAAGCAACCCAGACGAGCUCCGGGCGCUUUCCAUGGUUUUCAACAGAUACAUUCGAGAGUACGACGGCGGAAUUGUGUCAAAGUACUUGUACAUUGCCAUUGCAGAGCGGGCAAAGAAAGUUCCGCUGGAGAAAAUAGACUACGGGCUGGGCCUGAUAAUGAUGGCCACAAUGGGGUCUACCUCCAUAUGGAUACUGAAGCAUGUGAUAUACACAAUUGAAAAAGUGGCAGAGUACGAAAAGACAAACUUUGUCUCCUACCAAAGCAUAGUGAACGUGGUCGCUCCGAACCUCCUUGCGGACGAUGUGCCAUACACACUCGACACUUUUUCCAUCGCACUGGACAUCGCGCACUCGCUUUUUGCGGUGGCCAGGAAUGUGUCCUUCAUAGAAACCUUCUGA